AUGAAUAUCAACGUUCACAUAGAAGUUGAGUUCACAGAUGGCUCACGUUUCAAAAAUCUGGGUUUGGUGCGAAUGGAUGGUUCAAUGCCAUCUGAGACGUGUAUCAGACUUUUGAAAGAAAAGCUUUCAGAAUUUGAGCUUUCUUUAGAUAGAGAUAUAGUCGCAAUAGUCACUGAUGGCGCCAGCGUCAUGUUAAAAGUUGGAAGAAACCUGCGCGCUUAUCAUCAAGUCUGCCUUGCACACGGUAUUCAGCUAGCUGUACUUGACGUAUUAUACAAGCAAGGCGGCGCGGAAAAUGUGCGAUCCCCUGAUACUGCUGUUACUGCUGGUGGAAGUGAAAGUGACUCCGAAUUCGAGAACGACGCAGAUAGUGCUGAAGACGAAACCGAGGGAUUUGAAGUACUACCGGUGGUGUCAAACCCAAACGAGCAUAAUAAUGACUAUAAAAGUGUCAUCAGUAAAGUACGUGUAGUAGUCAAAAUUUUCAAAAAUUCUCCAGUGAAGAAUGACAUGUUUCUACAGAAACAUGUAAAACAGGAUACGGGAAAAGAACUCCAGCUACUAGUCGAUUGUAAGACUCGUUGUCGAAGCAUCUCUACUAUGGUGGAUAGAUUCAAUAGGUUAAGAUCAUGUGUAUCCAAAGCACUGAUUGACAUGAACUCUGAUAUCAAUUUCACACAGAGCGAGUUUCAUACUUUGGACAAUUUCCAGAAAAGUCUGAAUAUUAUCAAAGUGACAGUCGAAGCACUGUGCCGGCGUGAUGCAACUCUAUUAACUGCUGAUGCGGCUAUGAAAUUUACGCUACGUAAAUUAGAUAGUCAAAAUUCUACACUGUCAAGACUUCUCGUAAGAUCAUUGCGCGUGCGCAUUUCUCAAAGACGACUUUCUAUUGCAUCUACUUUGCAGUAUCUCCAAAAUCCUGAAACAUAUUUCAGUGAAGUUGCUACCGCCGAGUUCCCAAAAACGCCAGAAAUGGUGGAGGAAAUUUAUUCACUAACUCAAAAUUUUGAAGAUGAACCUGUGAUUAGGGUUAUGGAUGAUUUGGCCUUGGAUAAUAGCGCCAGCAGCGUGAGUGGAGAUUUCGAAAGCGUUGAUUUUGCUAAAGAACUAAAUAAAGAAAUUGAAAAAUCAUUGAAGGAGCAAAAUACAAAUAUGCGAAAUAGAAAUGAAAGGGAAGCUAACAGAGAUGGUGGUUAUGGUGAAAAUGAUAAGCAUAAGUGUACACAUGAUAAAUUUAUUUCAAGGAUAUGA